UGACCGUCCAACUGUCAAAAUAGUCGCAGAAAACCUCUUCGUCAGGAAAGUGCUCCGCAGUUUUUCGUUUAUCGAUUUUGUCCGAUUAGAAAAAUGCCCUGCGUCGUGCCAACGUGCAAGGCGACCGACGGCAACCUGCGGCCCUUUCCGCAGCAUCCGUCGCUGGUGCAACGCUGGCAGGAGGCGAUCCAGCUCGGCUGUGGCGCUCCGCUUGAGCUGCCCGCGACGACGACCGGGCUGGAGAUUUGCCAGUGGCACUUUCGUCUUACGGCGCCGGAGGGGGAGGACAGCAAGCUGGAGCGGUACCGGGAACCGAGCUGCUUCAUCACUGCUUCGGGGGAAUAUUCGGACGUGAGCAGCUGCCGGAUGUGUUUGAACUUUUAUCCGACGGCCACGAUGGUGUCCAAGGCUGGCAUACUUGGGGACAACGACAUUACGUACUGCGUGUACGAGCUGAUGAGUAUCAUCUUUCAGGAUUCGGAUUUUUUGGAGAUGAUUUGCCAGGAGUGUUUGGUCCGGUUGGACGUGAUGAGUUCGAUGCAAGUUUUCUUCGCGACUGCCGAAGAUGCGUUUCAGCAGAUUGUUCAGCUGGCGGAAGGACGGGGUGGUGAGUCGCAAGUUGAAGACGGUGAGGAUGUUAAGUUUGAGGGUCAGUUCAAGGAGGAAACUCAGGCGAUUGUGGAGGAGGUGAUUGAGGAGAUGCAGGUAGAGGUUGGUACGGCGGAGGAUGUGAUGGAAGAGUUCGUUACUGGUCAUGAGUACAGCAGUGCUGGUUGGAGUACGGAAGAGGAAGAUGAGGGGCCGAAGAGGGAGAUUGAAAGAAGGGAAGCUAAAAGAGGGAGGAAACAGAAGCAGGUUCGGAGGAAACUUAAGAGAGAACAGGAAAAUUUUGAUGAGCCUGCGAAACCGAGGCGUAUUCCGAAAAACGAACCGAAAACAACCACCGUGAAGCGGGAUAAGAACGGUCCCUCGUCGCUGAAGGCGGUUCGGACUAGAAAGUGCUACAUUUGCGUUCAAGUUCUCACCGAUGCCAACGAGUUGAUGUCCCAUCUGACGGAGGUGCAUGCCCCGACGAAGGACUUUCACUGCAAAGAGUGUGGAGUUGACUUUCCGCAGGUUAUUACGUUCAAUGUCCAUCUGAGUCGUCACGACGAAACCGAGAGACCGUACAAGUGUGAGGUAUGUCCGUUAAGGUUCGGUUGUCUUAAUUCCAAAAAGGUUCACGAACAGCGUGCGCACGGAAUGCAUCCAAACUUUGAAGUGCCCGCAAAGAUCAUCAAUCCGGUGGUGUGUGAACAUUGCGGUCGUGUGUUUGAGAACAAAACCUGCCUGGCGUCUCACACGCGGGCCAAACACAAAAAAUCAGACAAUGUUCCGACUUGUAACAUCUGCCGGAAGACGUUCACGGCCAGAUCCAGUUUGGAGCGGCACAUGCUGUUGCACAACAAUGAAAAACCUUUUGCCUGCUCACAAUGCGACAAGACCUACCGGAGGAACCUGGACCUAAAGCACCACGUCGAGCUGGUCCACGAAGGCAAGAACCCGCACUUUUGCGCAGAAUGUGCGCAGUCAUUCCAAAGCUAUCAAGCGUUGUACCUCCACAAGAAGUUUACCCACGGUAAAAAUACCCAAGAUUCGGAUAAGGCCAAAGCCGAGCUGAGGCAGCAGCGCUACCUGAGUUGCGCCCUCUGCAAAACGGUCAACAGCACCACGGACGAGCUGACCGCCCACAUCGAGGUGGUCCACCCCAACGAAGAGUACCCGUACGUGAAAUGUCCGGAACCCACCUGUUCGCGCACCUUCCUCACGUCCCACCACCGAGCCCACCACAAGGAAAUCCACACGGACAAGUACAGGUGUGACAUCUGUGGCGCGCGGAACGCCUCGAUUCAGCGCCUUCAGAUUCACAUCGAGAACAAGCACACCGAGGUGCGCAAAUACGACUGUACGGUGUGCAUCAAAACGUACAAAACGGCCACGGCACUGCGAACCCACAUGCGGGAGCAUACCGAGGGAAAGCGCUUCGAGUGUGAGUUUUGCAGCAAGACGUUCAGCCGGAAGGAUCAGAUGGUUAUUCAUCGGAGACUCCACACCGGGGAGCGCCCCUUCAGCUGUCCGGUUUGCUCGAAACGGUUCAGCGACGACGGAACAUUCAGCAAGCACAAAAAACGGUGCCAGGCCGCACUGCAGAACCAACUGACGCAGCAGCAGGAGGAUGUGAUGAUCGAGUUUGUCCAAGAAGAUGAAGCCGCUAAUUGAAUAGAAGUCAAUUUGGUAGAAGUAAAUUGUGUGGAUUUUCUGAUUGAAAGAAAUGUCCUUUCCGGUUCUAAAGUGCAAAACUCUUGAUUUUAUUUUUUGUUUUAGAAAUUAUAUUUCGAUCUCUCUCGCUCUCAUCACUCUGCCAAUAAUAGAAAUGCACUUUGUCACGAACAGAACAGAAAAAAAAACUUGCAAUUCAUCGUCGCCUACUUGAUGUGUCCUCCGUCGCGCAGCUUG